CACUGAUGUAGGAUUUGGUGAUGAGGUCAACGUGGAAUGUCUGUUAGAAAAUGGCUCACUGAUGAAUAAGACUCUUUACUGUGAAUAUGACAACCAGAACAAGUCCUACUCUCUUCAAGGAGACUCUCCUGUCUGUCCAGUUGUUGAUUGUGAUCAACCAGAGAAGAUUCCUGGAAUGAAAACACCGACUGUGACUGGCACAACUGUAAACAGUAGUUUUACCUUUGAGUGUACAGAGGGAGCAACGAAAAGUGGGCUAUCAUCAGAUGGAAGUCAGUCUACUGUCACCUGCCAACCAAAUGGAAGGUGGGGAUUUGGAAACCUCACAUGCAAGGCUGCUCGCUGCACUGAUCCAGGUACACCUGGUGGUGGGACACAGAUCGUUGACGGUUACGAGGGUGGUCAGUCUGUCUCGUAUAACUGCACACGGAUGGGAUAUACACCUGAUCCACCUGGAGAACUCUUCUGUAUUAUUAGUUCUAGUGGAGCUGCUAACUGGAAUGGAACCAUGCCAAGGUGUAAAGAUACAACACCUCCACAGUUUACAAACUGUCCAACUAGUAAUAUAUCCAUCGACAGUUUGGAUGUUCCAGGCUUUGCUGUACCAGACGCCCAGGACAACUCUGGACUGGUGGUAUCAAUAAGUGUAACUCCUCAAAACUUUGAUCCAUGGAAGCCAGUCAGAGGUGCAACUACGGUGACCUACACAGCUACUGAUGGAGAAGGCAACACUGCUGACUGUGUAAUUCAGAUUAUACUCAAAAAUCGAGAAUUUCCAAAUCUUACUUGCCCUGAUUCCCUGAAGCUCAGCAUCAAUGAUACAGUAUCAAGGGAAGUAAAUCUUACCCAGUAUAUCACGUCUAACAGCCCUCUGAGUAACAUUCCAUCAGAGACGGUGAGCUUCUCUACAUAUGGACAGACAAAGAAUUACCGUGUGUCCUCCACCAAUGAUAUGGGCAUGACAAGUUCAUGUGCUUUUCAAGUGGAAAUUGCUGCAACAAAAUGUUUUGAACAAAUUCAGAACAGCCUCACCAAUGCUGAUGUGAGCCAUGCACAUAAUGCUGAUGGGACUGUUAAUAGCACCACAGUGACCUGUAAACCUGGGUUUGCAUUCUCUGAUGGGAACACAUCACUUCAGUAUCAAUGUACGGGAGAGAACAUGUGGAGUCCGGCUCUGCCUCUCAUCGACUGUGUUGAGUAUAAGGAAUCUAUUUACACAUUUGUAAUUAAUGUGGUGUAUGGCAGUGGAAAAGUAUUAAAUGAAACGUGUGUCUCAGAACAUGACAAUCUGGUGAAACAAGUAGUUGCUGCUGACAACACUCUGGGUAAAUUAUGUCGGAAAGACUUCAGCAAUUAUUAUUCUUUCAGUGCCUCUUCUAUCCAGACAUCCUCAACAUUUUUUAAGCUUAACUCAACUUUAGUACUGGAAGUUUUGAAUUUUGAUGGAAAUACUGAUAAUAUGGAUAGUUGUGCUGUAGAAAUUAAUAAGUACUUCCAAACUAUUUUGAAAUACACUAUGAAUACAUCUUGUGGACCAAUAGAUGUCAGUGGAGGUGCAGGCUUCCUGAAGAAAGGGUCAUCGUGUGAUACUAGAUUUCAACUGGUAACAGUAUCUGGAAGUCCUAAGUGUCUGCCUUGUUCACCUGGAACAUACUUCAGCAAUGAGGCCUGUCUUCCUUGUUCAGAUGGAACAUAUCAAGACACAGCAGGAGCAACAUCUUGCAAGAGUUGUCCAGACAACAAGGCAUCACUUACACCAUGGAUAAGUGAAGAUCAGUGCAUUGACAGGUGCAUUGAUGGUUUCUUUUCUUCAACUGGCUUGCCUCCUUGCACUGCCUGUCCGGUGGAUACGUACUGGAAAAACUCAACAUUCUGUGAACCUUGUCCUACUGAUGGAUCAACGUUACACAAACAAGCUUCAAAGACUGAGUCAGAUUGUAAAGCUGCUUGUGCACCCGGCAAUUAUUCCAUCACUGGCUAUGAACCAUGUAGCAAAUGUCCCAAGAACUUCCAUGCCAUAUCUUCAUCUGUAAAAUCCCAGACAACAUGUACUGAAUGUCCAGAUAAUAGUUUUACUGUAGGAGAUGGACACACAGACUCAGCGGCUUGUAACAAUACAGAUCUAUGUACAGAUUGUAGUGGACAUGGAAGUUGUCAGAUGGUUAACCAUGAACCAUACUGUAACUGUGACACAGGCUUCACAGGUUCCGACUGCAACCAAGCCAUUGAUUUCUGUUCGUCCAGUCCUUGUGAAAACGGUGGAGAUUGCAUGUCCGAGUCGUCAGGAUUUACAUGUACCUGUCCAGCAGCAACAGAAUGUAAUAUUUCUGAGGAUGGGAAUUUUUUGGCUGGAGUGACGUCAACAACAUAUCUGGAAUCAUCGAUAGUCACAGAUCUUAAUACAUGCAAAACAAAAUGUCAAAACAGGAUUGACUGCAAAGCAGCUGCAUACCAUAAUAAUAACAAAUUAUGCGUGAUCUACAAUGAAGCCCAGACUGGUGGAAAAGCUCCUAACCCGGAUUAUACUUGGCUGAACAAAACAUGCAUGUACAACUACUAUUUCAGUGGUACCUACUGUGAACAAGAUUUACGAAAUAACUGCAGCGAUACCUCAUGCAGCGAACAAGAUAUGUGCAUGGAUCUGAUUGAUGAUUUUCAGUGCGUCUGCCCGAAAUCUGGAGGAUAUUCUGGACCAAGAUGUGAAAAGGACUCUGAUCUGUGUAAAGACAACCCCUGUACACAUGGAACAUGUCUUGCAUUUGGAGAUGUGCGCUAUCAGUGUGUGUGUGAUGCGGGAUUCACUGGAGCAUCCUGUGAGACCAACAUCAGUAAGUGUAUAAUCUGCAUUACAGGCUUCAAACUUAUUUGUUAUGCAAAUAAGACAAAUAUAAUGGUGUUCCAUGGAUAA